ACCCGCCCGUGCCAUUCCUCCGUGCGCCCACUUGGGAGUUGGGAGCUGGACCGGGACGCCGACCACCCAAAGGCUACAGCGCCGGGAGCUCUCGGGGGGAAAGGAGCCAGCCAGCCCCCACCCAAACCCUCCUCCUUCCCUCCCUCCCUUCCUUCCCUUCGGGUCGCGUCCAGAGGCAAGCGCGCGCGGGUGCCGACGCCCAUCGCCCACCUCCCCAUCGUAUCGAGCGCCGCGCGGAUCCGCACGGCAACCGAUGGCUUCUUCCCCGGCGGAGGCGGAGGCGGACGAGGUGGCGGCCCCAGCCGACGCCGCGGAGCCCAAGGGGAAGGAGGGGAAGCGGGGCGGGGUUCUGGGGAGGGUAUGGCGGGCGCUCUUCGGCGGCCGCGAGGACUUCGAGAAGCGCCUGCAGUACCUGUCCAAGGAGGAGGCCGCCGUGCACGCGCGGAUGCGCCGCCGGACGCAGUUCUCGCGCCGCGCCGUCCGCAACCUCAUCGUCCUCUCCGUCCUCGGCGAGGUGUUGGCUGUUGCUUAUUCUAUCAUGAUGACACGAAAUGAGGAUCUAACUUGGCAAAUGAGGGUGUUUCGAGUGCUACCUAUGUUUGUUCUGCCUGCUGUAUCCUCUGUGAUAUAUUCAACAGUUGUAAACUUCACAAGAAUGCUUGAACGGAAUGACAAGAAGACCCUUGAGAAGUUGAGGGCUGAGAGGAAAUCCAAGAUUGAUGAGCUCAAAGAGAGAACAAAUUAUUAUCGUACCCAACAGCUUAUUCAGAAAUAUGAUCUCGAUCCAGCUGCAAAGGCUGCGGCAGCUUCUGUUUUGGCAUCUAAGCUGGGUGAGGAGACUGGCUUAAAAGUUCAUGUUGGAGAAGAACCAAAGUUGGAUGCAGCAGUGGCUAGAAGCAACGAUGUCGAGAUACUACCAUCUGAUGGGUUGAGAAACAGGAAGCAACCCAAUGUAAGAGGCAGCAGAACUGGGAGCUCCACAGAUGCUCAUACCCCAGCACAGGGAGCUGAAUCCAGUCCAACUGCUAUUACUGGCCUGGAAACUGCACCGCCUCCAAUGGUGGUAGAACAUCAUCAAGGAUCAGGGGCAAGUGAUGGUGGAUGGAUUGCAAAAAUUGUUGCCUUACUUGUGGGGGAAGACCCAUCACAGUCAUACGCUUUGAUCUGUGGCAACUGCCAUAUGCAUAAUGGCUUGGCCCGGAAGGAAGAUUACCCACAUAUUACGUACUACUGCCCACAUUGUCAUGCAUUGAACACAUCAAAGCAGUCCAUGGGGCAAUACUCAGGCUCCAACUCAGGCCGGUCGACCCUUGUUCCUGCUGAUGGAAUAUCCGCUUCCAGUUCAGUACAAGAGAGUGAGUUGAGUAACCUGAGCACACUGCAGGAGCUGCCAAAGGAAGAAAAUGUGGAGAAGCAAGAAGUGGAGGCAAGUUGAUGCUUUAUAAACUGUUAUUGAUCUGUGUGAAAUUAGUUCAUCUUUUAGGCUUAUAUCGUCAUGUUUCAACUGGUCGGAGCCACAGAUUUAGCUCUGUUGUAAAUUGGAAAUAGUGAUUAAUAUGAUCCACAACAACCUAGCACCCAAAAUUAAAAAAAAAAAAGAGCAAUGGUGUGUCCAUCCUUUGAGUGGAUGGAUUUUGUUGUCCAUAGAGAGUGAAGACUACUUGCUGCGUGACAAGAUGAGACGAGGAACAUGGAGGAAUUUUUUUCGUUUUUCUGAACCUUAACGGUCAGGUCUUUCCUGUGAUGCUGGUAACCAACACCUUGCAGCAUUUCUUGUUUUAUUCUCCAACACCACAGCUUUCUUGUGAUGUUUGAAGCUUUUGUUACAUUUCGCUCGGCUUAAUUGGGUUCUUUGUUUUCUCCUUGUGCUGUUA